CACGGGGACGGGGGGGGAUGGGAGGGACGAGGGGAUGGGAGGGACACGGGGACGGGGGGAAACAGGCACUGGGGGGUCACGAGGUCACAGGGACAGGACGGUGCUCGCAGCCGGAUGCCCCCCCCCCCGGGUGCCGAAGCUCCAGCCCCCUCCUUGUGUCCGCUGUGCUCCUGAGCCCCUCGGCCCUACAGCCCCACGUCCUGUGUCCCUGCCCCUCAUGUCCCCCCGGGUCCCUAUGCCCCCACAUCUCCCCAUCCAUGUGCCCAUGUCCCCCCAUCCCCCUGGGUUCCUGGGUCCCCCAGGUCCCUCAUGUUCCCAAAUCCCCGCGUCCCCUGUCCCAUGUCCAUGUGUUCCUAUGUCCCCGUGUUCCCUGUCCCCCCUUGUCCCCAUCCCUUGUGUCCUGCCCCUAUGUCCCAUGUCCCUGUCCCCCCAUGUCCCUGUCCCCCCAUCCCCCGUGUCCUAUCUCCAUGUCUUCUGUCCCCGUCCCCCUGUGUCCCCCUCUCCAUCCCUCAUGUCCCCAUGUUCCAUGCCCCAUCCCUGUGUCCCCAUGUCCCCUGUCCCCCCAUGUCCCAUCCCGCCAUGUUCUGUGUCCCAUCCCCUUCCCCCAUGUCCCUAUCCCUCAUGUCCUGUCCCCUCAUGUCCUGUCCCCUCAUGUCCCCAUGUUCUGUGUCCCAUCCCUGUCCCCCCAUGUCCCCUGUCCCCAUCCCCCGCACCUCUAUGUCCCUAUCCCCCAUGUCCCAUCCCCCUGUGUCCCAUGUUCCCGUGUCCCCAUGUCCCGUGUCCCGUCCCUGUGUCCCAUCCCCCGUGCAGCAGCCGCACACCCACAGCUGGGCUGGGACUGGGACCGGACCGGCUGAACCGGCCCCGCGGCCCCAUGACCCCCCCGCCCCCCCGCUGGGAUUUAAGGGCAGCUGCAGGGCCCCACGGCAUCGGCACGGCGAGAGCCUGCGGAGCUCGCAGCGAUGUGCCAGGGCUGCCAGUGCCUGAUGAACCUGCUCCGCUGGGGCUGGGGCGUCCUGCAGGGCCUCUGGAGGGGCCACAAGGCGGGGCCACCGCCGCCGCCCGAGCGGACGACGCUGGUGCGCAGCAAGGACGACUGAACCGGGCCGGAGCCGAGCCAGAGCCGGGCCAGAGCCGCCCCUGCCCCACGGGCAGAAUAAACGCCUCCACCCACUACUGUCUCUGUCCUUGCAGUGCAGCCCCCCACCCCCCACCCCGUGGACCCAGGAAAUAA